AUGGAACAUUACUACAAUCAGCGACUCAGGACGCGAGCACGUCUAUUUCACCCUGGACAGCCUGUGUUAGUCAGAAACUGUUACCCUGGAAGACCACAGUCGCUAACGAGCUGGAUCGAGUGCAGACUUGGACAAGUGCUGUCUAACGUUCGCGUGUGUGCCAUUAUUUUACCCGAUGAGAAACCAGCUGAGACCAGCGGCAUUCAGCUGCAAAAGUGUGAACGAUUGUUGCCGCUGGAUAUUUUGUUGGACAUUUUCAACCUACACCCUGGAACUAAUGUGGGAUGUGACAGACCAGGUCGUGCGGCUCAAGGUAAUAGUAACG